UCAAGUUAAGAAUAAUUAAAGAAAGAAAAAACAAAGAUUGGUGAAGAAAGAUAGUUCACCGCAGAUUUGUAAGUUCAGUAAUCAUUCUUCUCCCCAUUGCCAUCCCCACAUAUCAGAGCUACAGGAAGAGGAAGCAACAAAUGAACUGUCUGUCACCCACUCAAUUCGCUGAAUCAUAACCCUCGAGACUUGUUGUUUUCCACACUCCUCUCAUAGAACAUCCUAUUCUUUUACCCGUAGCAGUUUGGAAUCCAACCUUUGGGGUAGCCUAUUGUUUUCUUAUCUUCGUGAUUCAUGCAAAAGACCAGAAAGCCGGCCGCCGGUGAUGUCGGACCAUGUCUUCCCCGAGCAAGCUUGCUACGUCAACUGCAACUUCUGCAACACUCCUCUCGUGGUUGAAGUCCCAGGCAACAAUUUACUCGAUGUUGUCACAGUAAGAUGUGGGCUCUGUGCUAAUUUACUGUCUGUGGAUCUCGAAGCAUUGCUUGGGAAACUCCCACAUCAGAGUUUUCAGAAUCACAACCCUGGUUCUCUCCACCCCCAUAUGGACUGUGGAUCUUCCUCGAGAUGCACCAGGCUAUCAGCGAUGAACUCAGUUGAUUGUGUUCAACAGCAAACACACCCUAUCCAACCAACCGAGAAGCGACGUGUUCCAUCUGCCUAUAACAAGUUCAUCAAGGAGGAGAUACGGCGGCUGAAGGCAAAAGAUCCCGACAUCAGCCACAAGGAAGCUUUCAGCACUGCAGCCAAAAACUGGGCACACUUCCCCGAAAUCCAUUUCGGGCCAUCCGUGAAGGGGAGUAAACAAGUUUAGGUUGGAGGUCAAUGCUGCUCAAACCGAGCGGAGGUUGUCAUGGUUUUUGCAGCAGCAGUGUACGUUUAAUGGUCUGUAGUUCUUUAUGAUGGAGUGUUCUUGUGGACGAUGGUGUGAAGAAAGUAGUUGUACCACCGGUGGUCAGGGUUUGUAGGAUUGAAGAAACACUUGGCAUAAGCAAGUUAACCUUCAUGGCUUCUGAAUACAAUGUAGUAUGCAUAUUUUGUAUUGUA